GUUUAGCAUUCACAUUUGAUAAUACUCACACUUAUGAUAUCAAAUUAAAAAAUAUGAACUUCAAGAAAGAUAAACAAAUUUCACAACUUUGGGAAGUUGAAUUUAUAAAAGAUAAUUAUAGAUUAAGAUCUUUAGUCAGUAAUCAAGAACAAAAAAUGUUUUGUAUUGGAAAAAAUUUAAAAAUAUGGGAAUUUGCAAAUUAUUUUUAG